AUGGAGAGAUACUCUUUGGUGAUGCAACUCACAGAUAUGACUGGACACACAAUGUGUGAUCCUGACAACCUCAAACUUCAAAUAUCUACUGCCAGUAAUAGUGAGUCCACUGGUUCCAGUGCUCAGAAUGAGAUGCAACUCACAGAUAUGACUGGACACACAAUGUGUGAUCCUGACAACCUCAAACUUCAAAUAUCUACUGCCAGUAAUAGUAAGUCCACUGGUUCCAGUGCUCAGAAUGAGGGGAGAUCUGAAUUUAUUGCAUGA